GGUGGCCACACAUCCCUGCGUCUGAAAUCGCCGAGUACAGUUGAUCGACUGCUCCCAUCUUCAUCAUGGUCACUGAGGUGAAGGACAAGGCUGAUCUUGUUGACGUCCACGCGCGUCCUAAAGGUGAAUAUGCGGACAGCGAGUCUGCAGAAUCGCUGUACCUCACGAGCGAAUCCAGACGUCAGAUCGGUCUGGUCAGCGCUAUAUUCUUAAUUUUCAAUCGUAUGGUCGGUACAGGUAUCUUCAGUACCCCCAGCAGCAUUGUGGCACUUAGUGGGAGCGUCGGCCUGGCUUUGUUCAUCUGGGUCGCUGGGAUGCUCAUUGCUGCUGCUGGUAUGGCCGUCUACUUGGAAUUCGGAACCGGUCUGCCGCGGAACGGCGGAGAGAAAAAUUACCUUGAAUACGUCUACACCAAGCCCAAGUUCCUAGCCACAGGUUUCUACACUGGCUAUGUCAUGCUUCUUGGCUGGGCUGGCUCAAAUUCCGUAGCCUUCGGGGAGUACAUCCUGCACGCCGCGGACGUAGAAGUUAACCGCUGGAAUCAGCGUGGCAUUGGCCUCGCCUGUGUCACCGUAGCCUUCCUGAUCCACGGUCUGGCUCUGAAGUGGGGUCUCCGGCUUCUGAACGUCCUCGGGGUGAUCAAGCUUAUCAUCCUGCUCAUUAUUAUUGUGGCUGGAUGGGCAGCGCUGGGCGGAGCUCUCCAAACUGACAAGCCCGACAAUUUCUCCAACGCCUUCGAAGGCACAACAGGCUCGGCGUAUGGCGUUGUGACAGCCCUGUACAAUGUCAUCUGGAGUUACAUCGGCUACAGCAACGCGAACUACGCCAUGUCGGAGAUGAAGAACCCGGUGCGAACCAUCAAGAUUGCUGCUCCCAUUGCGAUCAUAUGCGUCGGGAUCAUAUACAUGUUGGCGAACAUCGCAUACUUUGCGGCCGUCCCUCGUGAGGAAAUUGCCAGCAGUGGACGUAUCCUGGCUGCGUCUUUCUUCCGUAACGUCUUCGGGCCGAAGGCAGACCGCGCGCUCAGCGUCUUCGUAGCGUUGUCAGCGUUCGGCAAUGUGCUCUCGGUCAUCUUCUCUCAGGGCCGUCUCGUGCAGGAGCUAGGGCGUGAGGGCAUCCUGCCCUUCUCGAGCUUCUUCGCCAGUAACAAGCCAUUUGAUGCACCAUUUGCUGGCUUGUUUGAGCACUGGCUUGUCUCGAUCAUCAUCAUGCUCGCACCUCCACCCGGGGAUGCCUACAACUUUAUCCUCAACGUCAUCAGCUACCCGCUGUCCAUCGUCAACAUCUUCGUGGCCGGUGCUCUCGUCCAUCUCUACCUGCACCGCGAAGCCUACAAUUGGCACCCUCCAUUCAAGGCAACUCUACCCGUCACCAUCUUCUUCGGCCUCAGCAAUAUUUACCUUGCCAUAGCGCCGUACGUCCCUCCAGAAACGCCCGAUCAAAAUAUCUACAAGAGCCUACCGUACUGGCUGCAUUGUGUCGUCGGGACGGGCAUCAUUCUCGCCGGGGGUGUGUACUGGCUCAUCUGGGCGAAGCUCUUACCAUGGUGGGGCGGGUACACGCUCAAGAAAGAGGUGUACGUCGGCGACGAUGGCUGGACGAGGAGUAUAUUUGUGAAGGAGAAAAAAGAGCAUUGAUUGCCUUCGGGUGGCUGGAAUAAAUUAUGCGCGACGAUGUAAUUACUAGCGGACGGUUUAAUAGAGAAGAUAAUGUAUUCGACCAACACGGCUUC